UAACUAUGACGAAAGUGACCUUGCCACUGGUGUUUGGAGGGGCCUGUUUGCCAGCCUCCUGCCUUGUGACUAUGGCCCCUGUGGUGAACUUUGUGCCUUUUUGGACUUAAGAAGCAGAACUUCUAAUUCCCGAAGCAAUUCGAAGUGGCACUUCGAAUUACUGAACUGCAUGAACCAGAGACCACCGUGGAGCUUAACACCUAUUAACAACUUGGAAUGUUUCUCACUGCAGUAUUCUAAUUGUUCGCCUGUGUGGCUGUAAUUUCUAUGAACAACCACGAGGUGGCGGCCAUCUUGUUCACAUGAAUGCAGGCAGGGGUGUUUGGGCAUGAAUCUCAUGGUACUGAAAUCGGAUACAGAAACUCCUUAACACUGCUGGACUUCCAUCAUUGCCUGUGUUCAUUUCUAUACAAGUUAGAAGUUCGGUGGGAUCAUUCGUCUGGAUGAAGGGAACAAGCUCCAGGGUAAGACUAUUCACUCUGUUCGGUAGUUUGUUCGUUUGCAAACUACCGAACUAGACCGGCCACAAGCCCUGAUUCUCUGGAACCUGUUUUGGGCAUGGGACCAUGACUUCCAUAAAAUUUCUGAACCCCUGAACUGAUCUGGAUGAUUUUUGCAUAUGCUGGUCACCCAGAUCAUGCCUAUCAGGGGAUGUAAUAAGUGUGGGGAUUUUGUGUUUUUGGGGUUUUGUAAAAUGUUUUUUCUGCCUGGAGAUAAUUGGGUUAAUACAGUAUCUGACUCUAUUAUCUCACAGGCAGAGGGGAGGGAUUGUAUGUUUGUUAUGGGAGUGUCGUACAUUUAAUUACUGUUCUGAUUUGGUUUGUAAGCUUUGUGUCCCUGCUUACCCUCAGCAUAGUCUCAUAUCAUGUGUGGGGGAAACUGCUGUAUCUACCCUGGGGAUUGCUAUAUCUCUAUAAUCCCCUGGGAUUAUAAUCACAAUCUCUUUUAAGAGCUGUUCCUGCUACGCUCUCUGGAGUAGGAGAGGUCUGCCCACUGGACACUGGAUCCUGGUCUUGGGUCCAGGGUGGAUUGAGGACGGUGAGUACUUUUGGAAAAAUCUGUAAGAGAUCAAGAUGGAGCAUCAGUUCUUAGCAGAUAACUCUGUAUCUAGGGAACAAGCCCAGAUAAUUUACAUUGGUCUACAUGGACCUAUUUGUAUAGACCUCUGCAUUUUUAAAAUUGUUAUACCCAAUGUUUUUAGGAUUACAUAGGGCUCUUUCCAAUUUGCAUCCCAGGGAGAAUUUUGCUAAUAUUUCAAUAAUUAUUCAGCCUACCCCCCUUCUCAAACAGUUUGAAGUGUCUAGCUUGAAUCCAGCAUUUUUUAUAUAGAUUAAUUGUCCCAUUUAUGGGUGAAGUUAAUCUGCAAGCAAUGCUGCUUGGUGCCCACAUGUAAGCAUAAUACAUGCCUGUUUAGGAGAGAGCAUAUAUUGUUUGACUGCAGAUUCAAAGUUGGACAUGUUUGAAAUUACAUAUAUUUUGCAUUCUUAUGGGGGGAAAAGGGAUCUUAAUAGCUGUUUCAUUAUUUUAUCCCUAUCUUGCUGCUGUAGAAUUUUAGCAGUCUGCAGGGUGGCAGAUGCCCUGCUCCUAACACUCGGUGUAAUGGAGUGUCCCUAAAAGGUGAUGUUGGUUUUGUUAUAUGGGGGUUAAUACAGGAAUACCACUAAUAUCAAACCCAUCCAGUUCGUGGUUUCCCCUGUUUACCCCUUGGCCAUCAUUUUCUGCAAUACCAGAUGCCUCCGCUUCCUCUGCACACGUAUCCCCAUGGCCACAUACUGCAACUGGAGUUUGUGCAGCCAAACCUGUUCUAAGUGAUGAAACUAGCUCUCCUCGCUUCAUAAUUGUCUUCUCAUGUACUUACAUAGUAUGCAUUUAAGCCACAUGUUGGACAAUCGCGAUCUUUUUGAGUACUAAUUUUGUAUACAGGCCACAGUAGUGUCCCAUAAGUAUCCAAUUAUCUGAUUUCUUAGUGACCUCAACAAUUUCAUACAACUUUGAAUCCUCGGUCUGGCUAUCUCCGAUACUCCAGAAAUGAUGGCCGGCUUACGAACUGCCUCUGUAGGAUCUUGCACGUCCUGGCAAACCAAAUUGGUUUGGUUAUUUUUUUAUUUUAUAGUUCACAUGUAUCUAGAGAGGACUGGAUUGUCCUCCCCCCCCUUUGCAAGUGAGCUUAAAAAGUGGUAAAAAAAAUAAUUACUUGACUCGCCAGUUAAAGUAAACUUGGAAUUAAUAAUAAAGUUAACUAAAAAUAACUUAAACUGUAAAGUCAGAGUCCACACUCCUUGCUUUCGACAAUUCAAUAAUAUUUAUUAAUCAAGGCUGAUCAAAUAAACAAUACAUAUACAUUUAAAAUGGGCUAGUAUAUGUUGCUACCAAAACUAGCCAUUGAUUGAAUGGAAAGUAAACUAAAUUAAUAUAGUGAAGCAGGCGUAGACAUGUGAUACAGUUACACGCACUGACACACCGAUACCAGGGCUGACUUAAGACAUUUUUCCUGCCUAGCUCCCUCAAAAACACGCCAACAAAACACGCCCACAUUCAUUAUGUUUUAUAAUUGUAACGGACAGUUUUGCACACAAGGGGUAAAAAACGUUUAGGCGAUCGUCCCCCUUUCCAGAGAUGCAGGCACAGCUAUUGUAGAACACCAAACACACGAACCGCCAAUAAGUGAAUGCUCCAAACUCCCGAACGGCAUCCAAUAUAGCACUCCAAACACACGAACAGGAACCAUACGAAUCGCUGCUGGCAGACGAAUAGGAAAAGCAUCACAAGCGGCUUACACUCCUAGCAAUCAGUCUCUACCAGCAUUCAGUAAAUCCCCCCCAAAGAAGAGACAAGGCUCCGUGUUGAGGGUCAAGCAGUGGUCAGUCAGAGCUGUGGGUUUAUUGUUCUUAUGUACACAUUCUUACACAUUAGUACCACCCACAGGGUUUUGGAACACAACCAAUAAACACAUACAAUACACUCACACUCCCACACAAAUUCCUCCCCUCUGCUUGUGAUUCAAUUACCUUACACAAUGGGUAAUGUAAUUUAGCACAAGCGGAGAAAUUCAAUUUUUCCACAUUAUUCAUAACUUGAAAAGUAUGCAUCACAUUCACAUUUUCAGAAUCAGCAUACUCCAAAUACAAACAUACGUCAAAAUCAUACAAAUUGGUCCAGUGGUUCAAAAGAUAGAUCGUAGUCCUUUGUGACCACAGGAAACAUGGCUUUUCUGCCCAAAACCAGUUCCACAGAGUCUUCUAUCCUGGAGAUAAUUGUGAAGUAAUCAAAUUAUCUCCAAAGACAGAGGCAAAACUCCAUUGAACACAUGGCAGCAAAAAGACAGUAAAAUACAAUAAAAUACACAAGGUUACAUUUAUGACAUAAUGUGCACUCAGAUCGGAGCUAUUUAUUACUGAAUGGCGCUCAGAGCACACACAUACAGUUCAAUUGCCAUGGAGCCAAAGUCUUUCCCAUAGUCUUUCAUUAUACGAAUGGGCUCCAUGGCAUAGCUAUCUGGGGUAUCACUGCUCAAACAGGGCAAGCACCAAAUGACCCAGCUUUCUUGUCUUUGCAGGGGAAAAUCAAGCCUUUUAACAUGGGGCCAUAAUCCAAAGGCAACAGGCGAGCAACCAGGCUUCUCAAAUGCAAUGUGGCGAGAUUGCUCUCAUCACAAUAAUUUAAAACCAAAAAUGAAAUGUAUCAUGAUUAAAUAUAUUCCAGUAACAUAUUUAGAUCAAUGCACACUAAAUGAAACAUCACAACAUCUAUGCUUCUGCAGUGGUACUAAAAUAUUAGCCAAUAUACGUCUGUAGCGGAGUAGAAGUAAUACCUGGAAUAUCUCCUCUGGUAGACUUAAUCAGCAUUCAAGAGAAGCGUAGCGCGGCAAUUCCCAUUCCAGUUCCCCAACAAAUGGAUACACAGCUUUGGGAGUGAACUGUUUUUUUUACUGAGCCGCAGCUGGCUUUUAUACAAUUCCACAUACAAGGGGUUUCUUUAAUUACAUUCCAGGGGUUGUCCCCUGGUGGACUUUGUUGGGGACAGGGAACAAAGACCCAUUUCCCAGACUCCUUUUCUGUACUUGGAAGAUAAUUGCGUAAGGACAAUUCUUUCAUUAGAUUAUCUACUAAGUACAGAAAAUAUACAAUAUUUUAAAACGUCGAAACUCUCAUUAUAUUAAUCAGAACUCUACAAAAGACUUCACACACCUCACCGAAUAGCUAGGAUCUGAGCGCCCAAUCUGUCGGAAUACCACUCCGAUCCAUUCAGCAGAACAAGAACGCCAUUCGAGUGAAGUUUAGACCAGUUAACCACGAGGCGAAGCCCUAAAACAUUUACAUGCAGUCCUAUGCUUUGACCGGUAUUCUUUCGGGAGUUUACACUAUUUAAAAAAACAAAUGCAAAUGUUCAGGAAUUGAGUAGUCGUGUGCCUGGUGGUCAUUCGAAUGCCGCUCUUUCUAGACUAAGGGUAAUGAACGUACGACGGGAUGGAAGUACAGCAGUGUUCGCGGGGUCAAGUGUCCGAUUAUAGUUCUACGCACUCGACGACAAACACCGCUGUGCAUUCAUGAGCAAAGAUGACCGCAGCCACCCAUCCGACCAUUUAGAACCUUGUGGUUUUCUGGCGUUACAAUAGUUAAUUGGAGGCACACAACUCCCUUGGGUGGUCUCCCCGUUCAGUGGUUGGUUCGACCGACUAACAAUAUGUCCAUAUUCUGCUCGAGAACCUCAAAUAGUCGAACCAACUCACUCUCAUACAAAUAAGUGGCUAACAUUAACAAACCAAAAAGGAGUAAGUUAGUUUGUCAUGUGGGAUGUAUGCCAUUAGUCUGGGAAUGUCGUGUGUGUGUGUGUAUGCUGGAGAUGUAGUGUGUCUGUGUGUGCUGGGAUUGGAAUUCCUAUGUCCACCACGCUGUGUGCAUUGAAGCUAAUAAUUACUUACCCUUUCUGUAUCUGCGGUGUUGGAUCCUGGCUGAAGUGGAGUCUGAAUUGACUCCUUGUAACUCCGCUUCUCUUGUCUACACCAUUGCUGGCUCAGUCCGACUCCUGCAUGUUCCGUCGCCUUUGCUGGCUAUGUGGCCAUUAUAGCACACAUAGCUAGUCACAAAGGGUAAUUCUAACACUUCCGGGGGCUAGUCCACAGCAACAGCCCUGCAGCAAAUUGCUCUAAAUAAAGUUUCCACUGAAGUUCCGGCACGCACAGUUAUUAAUCUCAGAGUGACACAACUUCAGUGGGAAACCUUCCUCUCCAGAUUUCUAGAUUGCACCGCCGCCAUUUUUUUUUUUUUUUGCGUGUACCCCUGGGGGUACGCGUACUACGUGUUGGAAACCCCUGCUGUAGAGGAUCCAGAGUGUGUGUUGUGUGUCUGGAAUGUUGUAUGUGUAUAGGGCAGUGGUUCCCCACCAUUUUUUCACUUGUAUACCCUUUGGCACGCCAUAUCCAUAAAUUGUUCCCCUUAUAUUGGAAAAUGUUUGCAAUUAAUAUAUUUACUGUUAUUUCAAACUGCUGCCAGAUGUCUACCUACCUACCUCCAGCAGCAUCACUGAGGUGACAGCAGCCAGCCCAGGACUAGAGUUCCGGGGUGACCAAUGUCAAUUCGGUGUAAUUUUUAUUGUACGGAAUGUAGGUCAGUGGCUGAGAGCAGUCAACUGGCGCUAUCAGCCAAUGGAUAACUACCACUGCAGCUGUGCAGAAACAGUAAGCAUGUCACCAGACUACCAGGGAGUCUCCAAGCCCAGCAGGUAGAGUUAUCUCUAGACUUUGUGAGGACUUGGAUGAAACUUCUACAUGAAGCUCACACUGACAUCCUAAUAAAAGACAAAUGCAACCGAUAAUAAUAGAAAAGUACCUGGCACUCAAUGGGCUCCGGGCCAAAUAUAAAUAAUGGUGCGUUUGGGCCCACAAUGGCUGACCUCAAGGAUGUCAUUGACUCCUCUGAGGACCCAGACCUAGAUGGAGAUUCAGGUGGGAUGCUGCCUCCACCACGGCCGCGUCCGAUCUCAAAGAAAGGUGAGAAUGAGCUGGGUAGCCUGCUCAGGGAGAUGCUGGGUAGCCUGCAGAAAACCUUACAGGCAGACACAGCCUUGCUGCGCAGGGAACUCUCGGACCAUGUGGGCCGAUUAGGGGAAGUGGAAACCACCGUGACACACAACAUACUUCAAAAUAGUUCUUUCCAACUGAUACAACUAAUUAUAAAAUAUUCAAAAGAUGCCCCAAGAAAAUUAGAACAAGAAUUGGAAGAACUAGAGUCUAAAUCUCCUAUUGAUAUAAAUGAUGAGGAAUUUAAAGAAAGGGAGGAGAAAUUACAAACAAAUGUAAAAAAUUUGGAUGAAAAAAUAGCAGAGACAAAAAGUAGGAAAUAUAGACGAGACAAGGAGGACAAAAAUAGAGUUGAGUGGACCCCUGGAUGUUUGGGUCUGGUGGGUUCUGCCGAACUUUGGGGGAAAAAAAUCCGGGGUCGGGCUCGAACUUGACCCUGAACCCCAUUGAAGUCAAUGGGGACCCGAACUUUUGGCCACAAAGAUGCCUCUAAAAAAAAACUCCUGGAAAGGGCUAGAGAGCUGCAAAAGGAAGUAAAAUGGGGGUAAGAUUAGGACAAGUGCCCUGCAAACAAAUGUGGAUAGGGAAAUCACUUAAAGGGACACUGUAGUCACUAUAACCAUUUCAUCUCUUUGAAUUGGUUAUAGUGCUUGGAGUGCCCUGACACUGUCCCUCCAUUCAGUGUUGCACUAUGUUUGUGCAGUAUGCCACAAAAUAAGAGUCCCUGGCCACCCACAGUCCAGCCCCUUCUGUAUGUGUAGUUAAGGCAGAGAUUACACACUUCCUUGUUUUCAUACCCAUUCAUACUGUCAGUUGGAGCUCUGACAGGCUAAAAGCAGUCAGCUGACACUCUCAGCCAAUCACAGCUGAGCAAUGGCUGCUCAGGCUAAUACUUCCUUAUUAGCCAAAGCAGCACAGAGGGGAUGGACUGCCGGGGACUCUUGUUUAGCAUAUAAACAUUAAAAACUGUUUAAUGCUGAAAGAAAUGAUGGUACCAGGGGACUACAGACACUAUAACCAGUUUAAUGAGAUGAAGCAGAUACCUACAGUGUCCCUUCAAAAUAAUAUAAAAAUUAAAAAUACAGCUGAGCCAUAAAAUACCACUAGAUGGAAUCUUUGAUUUUUAGCUUUGGAAGAACCUACAUCAAAAUCUAAAGCAUAGCUGUCAGGAGGAUCACCAGAAUUAUCCAUUUGAGAGAGGGUUGGAGUGCAGGGUAUUCUUUCCUUGUUCAAACUGAGCUCAACACCUGAUGCAUGGAGAAAAGGCCUUCACAAGCCUCUGCUAUUGUGUACAUAGUUUAUACUAAGUGACCUAUAAGUUGAGGAGGCGGUGACCGUGUAGGUGGAGGAGGAGGAUGAGGUAGCCAACACUGUUAUACAUAACACACAAUUAAAAAAAAAUAUAUAUAUAUAUAUAUAUAUAUAUAUUUAUUUUUUUUUAAUUUUUUUUUUCAAUUGUGGUAGCCUCCAAAAAUUGGGACAUAUAAAAAAAGACAACUCUAUUCCGCAGAGUAGCUGUUGAUAUUCUAGUUGCUUUGUCCCGAGGUUCUCUAGAGUCAAUAAUCACACAUCCCCGUGAUGGUGACUUUGCAUUCGGAUGUCAUCCAUAUCAACUUUCGAUGCCAGUUUCUGCGCCUACCAUGGUGACCAUGGGUAACGAGGAAUCCGGGUUCCAUUCCAUACAGGGACCCUGAGAAACGGCUACCACAUGCAAGGAAGGCAGCAGGCGCGCAAAUGACCCACUCCCGACACGGGAAGGUAGUGACAACAAAUAACAAUACAGGAUUCUUUAGAGGCCCUGUAAUUGUAAUGAGUCCACUUGAAAUCCUUUAACUCUGAUCAAUUGGAGGGAAGUCUGGUGCAGAGCCACUGACCCGUGCGUGCUGCAGCUGAAACUCUAUCGCCUGCUGCUGCUCGCACAGUCUCAUGAGGCAGUGAGCGGGAAGGCCGAAGUUACGCUGCAGCGCAGACAGGCGAGCAGCAGCAGGGUGAGAACGCCGAAAGCGCUCACAGCUGCUACAGUGAAUGUCACAUUCUGUUCCAAGUUGCGGAUUAGUCUGGUGAUGGCUUCUGGUAUCCAGUUUGUAGCGGAGGCCUGGUAUUUCACAGGUUAACUCCACUAAGAUCCCAGUGAGGCUCAGGAACAAGUAAUGAAAAAUCCCAUAAAGUAAUAAUUCCAGCAAGCAAGGUAAUCCAAGAAUAUCCCCAUAUAGAUCCCAAUGACUGGACGACACACAGCAUCAGGAGCAGAACUAACUUUUAUUCCACACAACCUCCUUUUAAAGCAUUCUCCCAUGCAAGGGAGGGAUUCGCAUUCAUUAGUACAGUAUCCAAUGGAGUAGCAGUUACCUCCCACACAUCUCCUCCCCUCAGUAGUUUUCCCCAAGUUCUGGAUGUACCCUAAGAUCAGCAGAUACACCAAUAUUUUCUGGGUGACUAACAUAUCCAAAAUUCACCCAGAUCAGACCAGGGGUUCGGGAGUUAGGUGGAGGGUGUAAUUUGACCGACCGCACCACAAGGUGGUAUCCGAAAAGGGUCCCAUGUAUUUUGGCCCUGCGGUCGGUCUCCGUUCGGGAGUUGAAAUACACACAAAAAGCUGCCAUCCAUGAAUACUAUUACUAUGACUCCCCUCAUUCGGUAUGUUAAACUUACCGAACGGGGGGCUGAUUCGCCUUCCCGUUCGGGAGUUACGGAGCUCUGGAGGUGUCAGCGGUGUCCAGGUAAUCAAGUGUCCAAUUUGAGUUCCAGACACUCGACGACCAAACACCGCUGAGCCUUUCGUGCGUAAGAUGGCCGCCGCCACGUGUUCGUAUGCUGAAUGGCGGCCACCCAGAUACAUACAUACAUAAAACACCUAUUAGUCUGCGGUUAGAGAGAAGUGUGCAGCUUAACGAGGGACAACUUCACUCUGGGGUGGUCUAUUGGUUUGGUAGUUUCCAUUCGUAUGGAAUACGGAUGGCAACUACCGAACAAUCACACGAAUCCUACUUACAAUUAACUAUACAGAGGAAAUAACACACAAAUUGCAGUAUUCUCAUAGUCUCUAAGGACAGCCAUAGUACCAUCCGCUACACAGUACUCUUUUUACUGAAGCUGCAUCAGGGUCCUGGUAUGUGGCCGCACAAACGCUCAACACCAGGGGGCGUGCAGUUACCCUGCACCAGACCCUGCUAAUCCAUUCCACACUGUGACUCCUAACUUCAACAUCAGGCACACUUUGUCCCAGUCAUCCGACCGCCGCCCAGACAGUGUCUAGGUCCUGGUCACCGGACUGCCCACUUUACUGUGAAACUACGAAUGGAUUGUUAAAUCUGGCUUUGCAGUUCAGGUUCGCUCAACUCUAUUAUGGAUCCUUUGAUAGCUACAUGUAUUAUUUGGAUAACUGGUAAUUCUCAAGCUAAUACAUGCCAAUGAGCGCUUGGGGACGUCCGCUUUUGCACCCUGCUCCCUCUUAUGCUGUGCUGGUGCCAAUGUGCAACCAGCGCCUCUUCCUCCAAACUGCACACGUCACUCGCAUGACCUUGAUUCCAUGUGGGGUCUAGGACCUCAUCAUCCUCCACAUCAUCUUCCACCCACUCCUCAACCCUGCCCUCCUUGCCAGUAUGCACACUGCAGAAAGCCACAGCAGUUGGCCCCUGUGUUUUUCCAGCAUGUAAAGUCUGCAAAGGACAAAUGGAAAUUGUUUUAGAAUUGUAUCCAGGCAACAGUUUUCCCUAUAAACUGACCUCUCAGUUUGACUUGUGAGGGUAUUGCCCCAGAAUUACAAUAUUGUUUAAGUACCUCUUAGCUAUUGAUAACUGGUUUAACUAUAGCAGCUUGUUAUCUGGUAGUUUCUAGUGUAGAAAAUAUCACUGUUUUCUAUCACUUAGAUCUCUGUAACAAGUGUUGUAAGUGUGAAACAAUAUUACAAGUGACCGAUGUAGUAAAUUCGAAUCAAGCUUUCGCUUCGGAUAUGAAGUGCACACCCCAAAUAUACUAUUUAGCACUCAAAAAAACAAACAAAAAAAAAAUUGACUUUUUAAAACUCCAAUGUAAGCAGCAGAUUAGCAGCAAAACAAUUAGAAUGUUUACAACUGCGCUGUAAGCGCACUAUUUGACGCUUCGAUUUGACUCUGAUAUGAAGUGCACCCCACUAAUGUACUAGUUUGCAGAAUUCUUUCCUAAGCUGUCCCUCACAGCUGCAGCAUCCUCUCCCUACACUAAUAACACCUCUUGUGCAUGCGGCACUACGCGACUCCAGCUAAUAUAUAGAGGCUGGGUCACGUGCUUCUGGCCAAUCACAGCCAUGCCAUUAGUAGGCAUGGCUGUGAUGGCUUCUAAGGGCACACGAGUCAAACGCUUGUUGAUUGGCUGCCCUGCAGCCUUUGAAAACACGCCAUUAAAACGCUGAACACCGAACUCCAACCCGAACAUACACUGAUAUGUCCAGGGUCCAAAAACCGUAAUGUUUGGUACGAACCCAAACUUUAGAGUCCAGGUUCACUCCACUCUAUAUAAAAUAUCUCACAGAGAAAGAGGAGACCCAAAAGUCCAUAUAGAAAAAAACAUCCUCUAAUUACACGUAAACCAAGGAGGGAUUCAUCUUCUGGAAAUUUAAAGAGGGACCCAGUAGAAUUCAAAAAGAUUUCCCCCACCCCAAUAUGAUCAUCAGUGUACAAAUCUAAUAAAGGAAGAGAGAGAACCCCUCAAACAGAGUUACUCUCCAGAAAGAGAUGUGCGACAAAAAUCAUAUUCCAAGAUAGUAAGGGAAAAUCGUGGAGAAAAUAGAAAAACGUCCAUGAUCAAGAAAGGGAGGAAAAUUUUCAAGAGGGGGCCAGAGUACCCAAACAGAGAAUAAUCACCAAUUAUUUCAAACCUUGGGGAGAAAAAUGGAAACACCCCAACCAAUACUUCACACUCCAAAUAGAUACCCCACAAAACAGAAUCAGACUAGAAAAUGAAAGAAUAAUGGGUUAAUUCAUGAAAACUUAAUUGCUAAUUACAUAAAAAGGCAUAUUUAAUAUAUCAGCUAUUCCUUUGUCAGGAGAAGAAAUCUCAGUACGGAAAAAGGCAUGAAAUUUGCUCCUAACAAUCAAGGAAACUACUUUGAUUUUUACAUAGACCUGAAAAAAAUCAGGUCUAUGACUAUGAAAUGGCAUUUCAUCAUGCAUCCCCCCUGAUAAAAAAAAAAAAAAAAGACACAGAUGGUGGAGAAGGAAUUUAGAUCUUUGUUUAACAAUUGUAAAAAACUAUUUGUAAAAAAUUUAACAAAAAGAGAAGAAUUUUUUCUUAAUCGUAUGAAAAGAUGGGACAUCAUUAUCAAGGAAGCUACCAAGGGGGUGUGGGGGGGUGGUAUAGUGGUCAUGUCCACUGAAUAUUAUUUACAGGAGGCUCAAAAUAUCUUGAGAUGCCAAAACAUACAAAGUACUUAAGGAAGACCCUGCAAAAAAAAUGUAAUUCUCAAUUGGAACAGGCCAAAUUAGAAUUUUAUAAUUACUCAAACAAAUUUUGAUGAUCUGUUGCAGCUCACUCCUACAAUUCCCAUCUUUUACUUUUUACCCAAAACCAAUAAAAACCUGUUAAAACCUCCAGGACGCCCAAUAAUAAGUGGGAUAAAUUCUCACAGCCAAUUUAUCAGCAUUUGUUGAUUCCUUUUUACAUAUGCACAAACAGCAUUCUUAUAUUAAAGACACUAAAUCUUUUUUGCAAGAAAUGGAGAGCAUCGAGUGGAGUCCAGAAUACAGCUGGGCAACACUCGAUGUUACUUCAAUAUACACAGUAAUCAAACCUAAUUUGGGUCUUGAGGCUAUAAAUUAUUUUAUGACUGGAGACCUUAAUAUAUCUCCCCAUGUGAGAGAUUUUAUAGUGACAUCAGUUUAAUUUAUUUUAGAGCAUAAUUAUUUUUAUUUCAUGAAAAUAUUAUUUACAGAUCACGGGGACUGUCAUGGGCACCAGGUUUGCCCCCCGCUAUGCCAACAUAUACAUGAGGAGAUGGGAAGAUCUCUUUGUGUGGUCUGGUCAUGGCUGGAGGGAACACCUGGUGCUCUGGUGGAGAUACAUCGAUGACAUUAUUAUUAUUUGGAAGGGGCCUUCUUUUUGUCUUCAGGAAUCUGUGGGAUCUCUCAACAAUAACCAAUACUGUCUAAAGUUUACACCAGUCUGGAACAAAACCACUAUUAUUUUUUAGAUGUGACAUUGACGGGUGAGGAUGACCAUAUCGAAUCAAAAUGCUUUUUCAAACCCACCGACGGUAAUGGGUAUGUUCAUAACAAAAGCUGCCACCAUAAAACAUGGCUAAAAGGCAUAGCUCCAAGUUAUGCAUGUAAAACGCAACUGUUCUCACCCCCAGGGUUUUGAAUCCCAAUCAACAUACAUUAGGAAUAAAUUGAUAAACGGGAUACAAUAAAAAGUCUGGAAAAAGAGUUUAGGGUUAUAAGGAAGAUGGAAAGGAGUGAGCUGCUAAUGGAUAAACCAAAAACAGAGGAUUCUAAUGAAUCUUAAAAAAAAAAUUAAAAAAAAAAUGCUUUUAUGACACAAUAUAAUAUAAAUCACCAACGUAUUAAAGUCUACAAACAAAUAUUGGCCGGUGUUACUUGAAGACCCAAUACUGGGAAGUUCUCUACCAAUAUAGAAAAAAAUCUACUUGCUCAAAGUUAUGCUUUAAAAUGUAACCCUAACAGUAGGAUAGAGACAUCUAAAGGAUUUAGGGGAUACAACAGUUGCAAAGCCUGCUCAACUGUUAAUUUUGUUAGAGCCAAGACCUUUUGUAGUUCUGUUACUGGAGAGUCUUUUUUUUUUUUUUAUUAAGACCGAGGUUGGAUGCCGCGUGGACUUUGUAGUUUACUUACUGCAGUGAAAAUCUGGGCUUUGGAGCAUAGAAAUAAUAUUAAAAAGGGUCUCUUGUCACAUUCAGUCUUCGUACACAGUAACUCAUGUCCCCUUUUCUCCUUUUUUACCCCAUUGGAGAGGAGGAAAUAGGGUCCAAAGAUUCUCAAAGAGAGACCUUUUGGAUCCAUACGUUGUGCACUUUAGAACCACGGGGACUGAAUGUAGAUCUAGAUUUAGUUUGCUUCUUAUAAACAAUAGGUAUAAGUGUUGAUUGUUAUGACCGGCUGGUAUUUCAUUUAACCCCUUAAGACCGGAGGGUGAACGAUUAUGCCAUAUUUUAGGCGGCUCUAAACGCCGCCGGGCGUAAUAGUGCGCCUUCCGGUCUUUCUUUACUUACCUGGGGGACCGCCGGCAACCGCGGUUGGGGGCACUCCCAGGGAACUUCCCCGCGGCAGAUCUUCCCUCCUGCAGCCCCCCUGACCAUGUGAGAGUGAGGUCCUUGCGACACGUAGACUGAUACUGAUUAAUAUCAUAAAAAAAUGUAAGUACGUUAAAAUUAAAAAUAAAUAAUUAAAAAAUAUAGAUGUUAUUUCGUUCUAACUGUAUUGUGAUAAUAUAUAUUUAUAUCAAAAUACAUGUAGAACGAAAUAUAUAUCUAUAUACAUAAAUAAAUAUAUAUAUAUAUAUAUAUAUAUAUAUAUAUUCUACAUAUAUUUAUGUAAUAUUUUUUACAUAAUAAGGUAUCUUAAUUACAAUUAGCGGGACCUGCCUGACAGCCCAUGCCAAAAAUAAAGGGAAUUUAAUUUGCUAGCACUAUAUCUAACCCUAUAACUUUCCAAGACACCAUAAAACCUGUACAUGGGGGGUACUGUUCUACUCGGGAGAUUUGGCUGAACACAAAUAUUAGUGUUUCAAAACAGUAAAAUGUUUACAUUUUGUUUUGUUCACGACGUGUACAUUUGGCUCCGUCCUUAAGGGGUUAAAGUGAAAAAGAUCCGUUCGGUGAUCUAUUUUUUGGGAUCUAUUUCUUUAAAUUUUCUUAAGUCAUUUCUAAUUUUCCUAAAAUAAUUCGCUCUGAAAUUACAUCAAAAGAAUAUCGAAGAACAAGAAGAGAAAAUAUAUACAGAUAAAGUUUCAUAUUUGUCUAAAGAAUCUUUGAAACAGAUUUAAAUUCUGAAUAAGGGAAAACGUGGAUAUGUAUGUACUAAAUAUACUUUAUAUUUGACUACAUAUGAUUGUAUAAAAAAUUUAAUUUAUUUGUAGCAUAAUCUAAAUAUUCAAUAUUGAAAUAUAUUGUUUUGAAAAAUAAGAAAUGUAUAAUAUAAAAAUAGACUGCCUAUGUUGUAGUGUAAUAUGCACCACAGGCAUAUUGGUGCACAUAUUAGAAUUAUAGUCAUGUAACCUCUUUAAAAUUUGCACAUUCAUCUUUGACCCUUUGUCAGAUUCCAAAUUGUCUUUUAUUGAUAUAUCUUCCAGCUAACUGAUUACUUCCUUGAGUGUGUUCUUAGGCAGAUUCCCCUAUAGUACACUAUGCGGAGCAUGAUUCGUCUAAGAUAUUAACUGGAACGCACGGAAGUGGAUGCGAUAAGUCACUUCCGUUUUCACCGUUCUCAAAAUACCAAUCAGCUGAAAUUCUAACUACAAUUAUAUUCGAAUGAACAACAGAUGAAGAGGAUCUAGGAGCCACCAGUGAAGAGAUGAACUAGGAAAACACCCACUGGAACCACCAAUAGACUGAAGGGACUAGCCCUAUUUAAAGGGACUAAUGGGAGGGUGGAAUUAGGCUGCUUUUUUUGGGGCACUUUAUUGAUUAUAUUUACUGUAUACUGGUCUCUGAGGAAGUCCCUUGGUGGACGAAACGUGUAUAUUUUUUAUACCAAUAAACCUCUUUUUCUACCUGUCGGUGUCCUGCAUGGUUCCUGAUACUGGGUGAAACCUGAACCACCUGGUUUGAAAGCCUGUGUAAUGAUAGGGCCACCCUAGAGGGGGCAGUCUCUUCAUUAUACCAACCCCUCCUCACCGGACACUUAGAGAGCAACCACACCUUUAAACGCUCCUGGGAAAACAUCCUGGGAAAAACUAUAUCGGACACCUUGUGGGAGAAAGUCCUAAUACUAGCACACAAAAGGUCAAUAAGUACCAGAUACCAGGAGACCAACUACAAACUCCUGUCCUCCUGGUAUCGCACACCGGAAUACCUACACAGGGUGUUCCCGACUGUACCUAACACCUGCUGGAGAUGCGGGAGCGCAGAGGGUAUGAUCCGACACACAUGGUGGGACUGCACCCUGUUGACACCAUAUUGGGAGGCAGUGCACACCAUAAUCACAGACAUAUUGGGAGAAUCCCCACCCUUUCAGAUAGAGCAUGCACUCCUCCACGCCAUCACUUGCGGCCUAUAAAAAAAAUCGAUCUACCCACACCUAAAUGCGGCCAAAUCAAUGAUACCUGCCCUCUGAAAACAAGACAAAAUCCUGACACUGGAGCAGUGGCUAAACAAAGUCACGGAAAUCCAAUCAGCAAAAGCAAUACACGCAUCCCUGAUGUACACGGAGGGAAAACACACAGAGCGCUGGCGACCAUGGUUCGAAUAGGUUUCGAAGCGGGACGGGUCACUGGCCGGUGGAGCUGGAGCCGGCCAGCAGAGCCGCGUCUGACUCUCCUCCACACCCUUUACCACCUCACACCCAUUAUCUGAACUGACCCCUACCACUACUAAGCUCACUCACCCACCACCUCAUUACACCACCUACAACAACGAAGACAAUACAACAAUACAGUCUUGACAAACAAGCAAACAUCAAAAUGAUCCCAACACCAGCAGGGAGAUGCCAGACUGAAUCUAUGCCACAACACACCAGGGCCCAGAGGCACCGCCAACGGCCUCAGAACACUACGCAUUUUCACAGCUAAUAUACCAUACCCCGAUACAAACUGACAGACCAAUUAAAGCACCAACAAAUGGACAACAUAUAAUCUCUCUAUGCCCUACACAAAAAGAGGCACCCCGAUAACAAGGAUGCCAUCACAGUAACGGCAACAUGUACAAGUGAACUGGUCACACAACACAUGAAAGUUAACAAUAGCGACAUAGAAAGCAAAAGAUAUGGGGGGAGAGGGAGGACAAAGCACAGACAAGGAAAUUAAACUAGCUUAGGGAGGCUGCGCACCGCACACAGACAAGAUAUAUGCAGCAAAGCAUACACGAGAUCCACCAGCAUGCCACACACCAUCCCUUAGACUACACACACCUUACACUAGUCCUAAAACUCCACUGAAGCGAUCUUAAUACUUCACCAUUAUUGAUGUGUUAUUGUUAAGCCAUGAAAAACACAAACGCAACCGCGAUUAACUUCGCUGAUUUGAAGCACCACAAUGAGGUUCUAUACCGAUCUUACUUAUAACAAAAUUACAUGCACAACUGCAAAUAUGCGCCUUUUUAUAAUGAAUAAUUUAAGCUCAUGUACAAGUUUAACAAAAAAAACUAAUCGAAAACUGCUCAGACACAGCAAACAAAAGUUAAACAGGAAAUUAAGGUAGCUACACUACCAAAAUCACUGCUCUAACAGUGUGAUCUGACAUCAGGCAGAAGCAAUACAAAAUCGCUAUAGACCGACUGAAUUACACUCUGUAACAUUGAUGCAUGUUUAUACGAGAGACGUGUGAGUCUCCAGCAUUACAUACUUACCUUUCCCUGACUUAGGAGAAGAUGGCAUCUUAAAGUCUGAACAUCUUUAUCUGUUUAGGGUUACCACAGUAUAUUAUGUACUAAGAGUCGUGGCAUAGCUUUGACGCUUGUUUAUGCAUUAUUGUUAUUGUAUUUCGUCUGGGACAAAAUGGCGUAAACAUAUUAUGUACUGAAAGUAGGUAAAAGGUUAUUGCUUAAAGAAACAUGUAUGAAAAACAAUAUGUUCCAUUUCUAACACCUUGUCAGUUUGCAAUAUCUCUUAAAGACAAAGUACACAGUUUGAGAAAUACAAUAUUUGCAUUUGCCCAUAACACUUUCCUCAGAUCUUCAUUUCUCUCACCUCUUUCAUACCCAUUUGUCUUGCCUAUGCUGGUUCUCCCUUUCCCUCCCCCUUAAUCUGCUGCAGUGCAGGGAGCCGCUAGCUGCUGUCACUCCCCACACCUCCUGGUGGUGGCACUCUGCUGCCUGCCCCAUGGUAUCCCUGAAACAGCAGCACAAAUUCACAGAAACAAAUUGUAUAUUUUUAUUCACCCUUUAAAUGCAUGGGGGCCAACUUCACACUGGUGGAUGGGCACAUUUGUAGAACACAUAGAAUUAAUCCACCUGGAAUGAACAGUAUCAGUCUUAUCUUAACACAAAAGGGACAUUGGUUGUUGCUGUCACUGGUCUACUUAGUCAUUUAUGUGUAGUGGCCAAUGUGCUUGGAUUGAUCCUUUAUAAUAAUGAUAUAAUUUUUAUAUUUUUAUUUUAUUUUAUAUAUUCUCUCUUCUGAAUAUUAAUAAUUUUGGUAUGACCUAAAUUGUGUAUUUUCAAUCUAUGCUGUAAUUUACGUGGAGUAUUUCUUUGUAAAAGGUAUAUUGUUUAACCAUUUUUAUUAUUACUAGGAGAUUUUCUAAAGUUUAGAAUGUAAACAUGUCAAGUAAUAUUGAAUAAAUGGGUAGGGAUGGACAUUUGUUCCAGUUACUGUGACAAUACUACUAUUUUGCAUGCAUUUUUGUUAAUUAAUAGCCAUGUUCUGUAUAGCACAUGUGUAAGUCUGGAAUUUCAUAUCACACAUCUAAGUUUUAUUUAUUUAUUUUUUAUCCGUAGAAACCCUAUGCACAAGAAAAGUGUCCAGUUCUUCACCGUGCUUUUAAAUUGAAUGAAAAGUGAUACAUAAAUUGCAAACAAAAGAAUAUUUUUUUAAAAAUCAUUCAUACGUGUAAUGAAUACUGAACAUGCGAUUGCUCACCCGAAUCAACAGUCCAGUUUGUCACUUGAUUAUAAUCUUCUCCUUGACGUUCUCUUUAGCCCCAUUCUGUUUCCGUAACCUGCUUUAUUCGCCUACCUUUUCUCGAAGUCUUCAUCUCAGACGAAUGAGUCGUGCAUUUUUGCUUCAGAACAUGCAGGAUGGAACAGAUGCUUUGAGAUUCUUCAAGCAUAAAAUCGGCUUUUCACCCCUUAAGUAUGAAAACAAAGAUAACAACUCUGUUCCCUGUAACUACAAAGCAUCUGUAUUGCAUAAUUCCAAAGCUCCAACUGGAAGCAUACCGCUUGUCAUCACCAUUAUUACAACACGGCGUCGGCCUGAGUACCAUUACCUCCUGCAGGUUGCACGUGGCUUUCUUGACCGGAUAUCAGAAUGUGGAAAUGAUUGCUCAGAUUUUCAACUUUUUGUCUGUAAUGUAGACUCCUCUCCCUCUUCCCAUGAAGACGCCUGCUUACUCUCCCAACUCCUUCCCUCUGUGACACGCAAUUUGAAUGAUGAACAACAAGAUAACCCUCCCAACCAAUUUGAGCGGGAAAAGCAAGAUUAUGCUUUUUGUCUCUCACGUACUCUAGAGACUUUCUCUCCAGAAUAUGUGUUGCUUGUUGAAGAUGAUGCUGUACCAAAAAAUGACAUUUUCAGUGCCUUUUUCCAAUUGGUGCAGGUGAGAUUCCCCACAAAACCCCUGGGAGGUGGUCUUUAUGUUAAAUUCUACCAUCCUGAGAGACUGCAAGGUUAUUUGAACCCAGAGCCCAUGCGAAUUCUUGAAUGGAUUGGUUUGGGCUUUUUACUAGGAAUAAUUCUGAACUGGAUGUACACUAAAAUGUUUUAUCAGCAGAGAUUUAGCUGGUGCAUGUUUAUUUCAUUUACAGUUUACUCAAUGUUGUUGGCAGAGCUUUUUGGACGCCAUUAUCUUCUGGAACUUAGACGGAUGUUGCCUGUGCUGUACAACGUGGUGCCUACAACUGAAUGCUGCACUCCUGCAAUGCUUUUUUCUGAAGCUUCUGCCCAUAGAACAUUGGUUUACCUUAAAGAAACAAAGUGUAAGAGUGGCUAUGCAAAGGACACUGCUCUGUACAAAGAGUUAAAAAGGAGAGGAGACUGGGCAUGGGUCAUAGAACCCAACAUGGUGACUCAUGUAGGUUUGUUUUCAACACUUAGAGAUGGGUAUGAAGAAGAACCACAACUGUUGUAAUUAUUGCAAGCCCACUUCUGCAUUAACAAAAAUGUGCAAUAUUCAAACAAUCCUUUAAAGUAAUAGAUUUUGUAAUUUAUCACAUCUUUCAUAUUGAAGCCUUAAUGGAAAUUUACAUUGGAUUAUUAUUUAAAAUACAAACUUUACAUUCAUGUUGUUUGUAAUGCAUACAUAUAAGUCCCUAUUUUUAAUGUGUCGUGGCUUAUCCUUGCUUCUUAAGGUAGCCAUCUUUAAAUCUUCUUUGUUCAGAAGCCCCGUUUAUCUAACUGAAGCCCAUGCAGGUAAUUCAGAGAGGGCAGGUGUUUACAAAUCCUAUUGUCAUGCGCAAAUGAUGUAUCUCAAAGAUGCACUUUGAAGCAGUUUUACUAUUUAAACUAAGCUGUACAUCCAACCCAAGACAAUAUAAAGAUGGUCGCCCCUAUAGUGCAAGGGAAAUCCAGAAGAUGCCUUCAAUUAAGGUAUUUACUUGUAUGUAUACAUAACAAAAUUAAAAACUGGUGUUUUUUUAUGUAUUAUGGUCAAAAAUAAAAUAAUACCAUUUUCCUGCAAAGUGGCACUGUCAUGUCUUUUUCAUAAGCAAUGAGUUUCCAUUAAGAUUCUAAGACUGCAUAAGAAUAUUAGUGAAACUGCUAGGCACUACUUUAGAGCAUGUACACAGUGAGUUUUGGCAAAGUUUGGGAAGGUUUGGAGCUUCAAAUGGCACACGUCUUCCCAUGACCAACUUCACUAGCAACAGCAGGGACAGAAAUCAUCUGGUGCAAGGAGUAACAGAUGCCUACGUCGUGUAUUUAUGCAUGACUGAGAUUAUCUUUUUAUCCUACAGUCAUAGAAGACCAUGCGUAAAGAAAUGUGUAUAAAAAUGCUAUCAAAGGGUACUGGGCAGAGAUGUUGUUACAGACUGCCAUUUGUAACUAUUAUUUUAUUUGACAAAUUGCCCUGCUUCCCUGUGUUAUGGAGAAGCCUAAUUGCCAGCCUUCUGCCCCAUGACUAUGGACCUAGUGGGUAUGGCGAUUUGACUGUAUUUGUGGGAUCUGAGCGCUGUUUGGAUAUAUUGAGCGCUCAGAUCCAAGCCAUCUGGGGAUAGGUUGAAUGUGGGGGUUCUGUUCAGUAUGAUAGGAGUUAUGUAUUUUUGUGUCUUGUAUCUUUUGCUAACAUGUGGUUAUAUCCAACCCUGGAUAUAAGUGAAUUAUUUUCCCCAUUGUCUCCUGGAUAGAGGGCUCUGUAAAACCGGUUUGGGCCAGAUAACCAUGCUGCCAGCCAGGCCCCAAAAGAUACUUUUGCUAACUUUUGAACCCCUUGUCUGAUUUGUGCCAUUUUUUAAUAUGUUGCUCCCCUGAAUGGAUUGAUUCUAAAUAUGUAAUUUGUAUGAAGAUUGGAUGUAUGGUUUUAAAGUUACAGGGUAUGGGUAAAAACUGUAUUUUUACUGCCUGUGUUUAAUUAUGUUAACCCAUUGUGUACCAUAAUUAGAUCACAGGCAGAGGGGAGGAUUUUUGUGUGUAAUUGCUGGGAGUGUUUCUGUAAUGUACGUUUAUUAUUGGUUGUUGUGUAAAACCCUGUGGGUGGUCCUAUCUCAGGGAAACCUGCAUAAAAGAAGGUUCUUUGUGUGCCAAUAAACAGAAUGACUUGACCCUCUAACUUGCAGCCUUGACUCAUGUUUGUAGGGGACAGCUAUAAUCACUACAGGGAUUGCUAUGCUCUUCAUACUCCCUUAGCUACUGAGCUCUUGUAAGAGCUCUUGUUCCUGAUCCUGCUUCGCUCUACAGAAGGAAGAGGUUCACCUACUGGAGCCUGGUCGUGGAUCCAGGGCACAGAGCAGACGGCGAGAUACCAGCCCAGAAGCGGUGGUUUGUGGAGUCUGCAGUACUUAUGGUGGCUACGCAGUACUUAUGGUGUCUACGGUGCUGAUGGUCCUUUGGUGAGCGCUAGGAGCAUCCUUUUCUACGGUCCAACUUCCAGCCAGCCUGGAGGCAACCGUAACAGAUGUUAUGAAUCCAGAACCAAAAGAUGUCGUUUUUUUUGUUUUUUUAAUUAACACACAUCUUCAUCAUAGCUUAAUUAUUGUGUGACUAUUUAAAUAUGUACCUAUCAAUCCCAGUAAAGCUUGUGCUUAAAUUUAAAGAUUAUUAACGUCAUCCAGACAUCGUGCAAGCUGAAAUGCUAGCACAUGUAAAGGUUUUUUUUAUGCCUUUUUAACCCCUUAAGGACAGCGCUUCAGAAGCUUGUCUUUAACUUAAUGACAACAGCAUUUUUUGCUGUUGUGGAAAUAAGAUAUUGAUGUAUUCUUUAAGCUUAGUAAAAUAUCUAUUUACUCAUCUAACCAGAAUCAGUAUCUAAGCUACUAACCCGUGCAUAGACAAAAUGGCCACUAGAGGCUUCUAGAACUCCCUCCCCCUCCCCUUCCCUAUAACACCGACUAACUACCUCGUGUAACAAGAUGGCACUGGAACCCGGGGGAGACCCUCAUGGUCCCAGUGACAUCACCUAUAGUAGGCAGAGCGUUAAGAAGACCACUUAACACCUAACCAAUUGUUUGAGUAUUAUUUCUUGUUAUCUCUGACAAUGCUUAUGAUGUAAUUUUGCUUUAAAAGGGACCUGCCGUCCCCCUUUAAUAAACAUUCCUCAAGUUAUUCAUCAACCUGAAACCUGUGUCUGGUGUGAAUUACUUCAGGGAGCGUGC